UCAACCAAAUUCACAACGACGCCGCCUAACUCCGUCUCUGAGAUUCCUCCUCUUCAUCAUCAUUAAUCAUCAUGCUACCUCUCUAUCUCUCUCUCUUUAGAGUAGUCCACCAUCGUGCCCGGCCGUUUGAAUAGGCAGAAGAUUUUCUUUGAUACACAGAGGCUGAGCUUUCUUAUAAAACGCCUACACUAGGCACACGCAAACAUAGAAUCUCAGAUACACUGAGAGAGAGAGAGAGUGUGUGUGUGAGAAAUGGCUGUGGGUGGAGGAGGAGGUGGUGCUAGUGAGUUUCAACCACAUCCGGUCAAAGAACAGCAUCCCGGUGUCGACUUCUGCGUUUCUAGCUCUCCCGCUUGGCCUGAAGCCAUUCUUUUGGGAUUCCAGCACUACCUGGUGAUGAUUGGAACCAUUGUUAUCAUCUCAACAAUUCUUGUCCCUCUAAUGGGUGGUGGCAAUGUGGAGAAGGCUCAGGUGAUAGAUACUUUCCUAUUUGUUGCGGGUAUAAACACACUCUUGCAGACAUUGUUCGGGACUCGGCUGCCAGUUGUGAUGGGGGCUUCAUACGCUUUCAUUAUCCCUAUUAUUUCAAUUACCUUAUCGAGGAGGUUCAGCGUAUUCACAGAUCCCCGUCAGAGGUUUAAACAGACUAUGAGAGCAGUGCAAGGAGCACUCAUUAUUUCAUCUCUCGUCCAAAUGAUUUUUGGAUUUUUUGGUUUCUGGAGAAUCCUUGGGAGGUUUCUUAGCCCUCUUGCUGCAGUUCCUCUUGUUACUCUUACUGGACUUGGUCUGUUUGCGCUUGGUUUCCCACAACUGGCAAAAUGCAUUGAGGUUGGACUGCCAGAAUUGAUUAUACUAGUUGUUUUAUCUCCGUAUAUAUCCUCUAUGAUAAAAUCAAAAAGGGCCAUAGUUGAUCGAUAUGCAGUCCUACUCUCGGUUGCAAUUGUAUGGGUCUAUGCAGAAAUUUUGACUGUAGCUGGAGCAUAUAAUAAUCGAUCUUUAAAGACCCAAAUAAGUUGCCGUACCGAUCGUGCUGGGCUCAUAAGUGCCUCCCCUUGGAUUAGGGUUCCAUAUCCGUUUCAGUGGGGGAGUCCUACAUUUAAUGCUGGAGAUGCUCUUGCAAUGAUGGCUGCUGCUUUCGUUGCUAUCAUAGAGUCCACAGGUACAUUUAUUGCAGCGUCGAGAUAUGGGAGUGCGACACAUAUACCUCCUUCUGUACUCAGCCGUGGUGUUGGCUGGCAGGGAAUAGGAACUCUGUUGGAUGGCAUUUUUGGCACUGGAACUGGCUCCACUGCAUCAGUUGAAAAUGCAGGUCUUUUGGGAUUAACCCGAGUUGGAAGUAGAAGAGUCGUUCAAAUAUCAGCGGGAUUCAUGCUUUUCUUCUCUGUUUUAGGAAAAUUCGGGGCUGUCGUUGCUUCUAUUCCAUUACCAGUGGUGGCGGCAUUGUACUGUGUUCUCUUUGCCUACGUGGCUUCAGCUGGCCUUACUCUUCUUCAAUUCAUCAAUCUAAACAGCUUCAGAACAAAAUUUAUUCUCGGCUUUGCUCUCUUCAUGGGUCUUAGUGUGCCCCAAUAUUUCAAUAAUUACCUGUUGAUAUCCGGGCGGGGUCCUCUCCACACUGGCGCUAUAUGGUUCAACGACAUCGUGCAAGUCCUUUUUUCAUCUCCGGCAACGGUGGCAGCUAUAAUUGCUUUCAUUUUGGACUCUAGUUUAGGCCGUGGCCACAGCUCAACCCGUCGAGACAGCGGGAGGCACUGGUGGGAGAAGUUCAGGUACUAUAACCAGGAUAUUAGGAGCGAGGAGUUCUAUGGUCUGCCUUAUAACCUUAACAGGUUCUUCCCCUCAUUCUGAUUGUUGAGUUAUAGCUUCCCAUUGUGGACUAGAAAUGGAAAAAUAUUCCUGAAAACAUUUUAAAUUUGUUUAUCGUAUGGGCAUCCUUUUGUACUUCAGCCAUUGCCUUUCUUAAGUGCAAAAAUACGAGAGGGUGAGGAAAUAUAGCAAUAUAGUUGAGCAUGACACUGGCAAUACCAGUAUUGCAUACUUGCUUAAUCUUUGUAUUUUUACCUUCUUAUAGAUGAAAAUAUGAUAAUACAGAUUUCAGUAGUAAAAGUUACAAUUUAUCUUUCGUUAGAA